GAUGCUUAUAAAGUUGUAGUUAAGGUAAAUGGCAUGUUUAAAUUAUUGAUUCCCGAUUAUUUCCAACAAAUACAUGUAUGUAUAUUUGUUUUUAAUUUGUUAUUAUUGCUUUAGAACUUUUCUAAAAUACUUCAAGAUGAAAACUGUCAUAUUGAUCGUAAUAAAUUAAUACAAAAGUUAAAUGAAUAUAGACAUAGAAUAGAACAAUUAGAUCGUUACAUGAAGACAACAAGUACUAAUUCACCUUCCUUAUACAUUAAUGAAAAUUCACCCUAUCAUCGACGUGAUUCGACUGAUUCUGAUAUUAGUCGUACUGAAGAAGACGAUUAUAACGAUAGAGCAAAAUUUUCUUUUGAUCAAGGUGAGGUGAAUGAAUUGAAUGGCAACAUUGACCUCGGGUUAGAAUAUUAUUCAGAAUCAGCAGAACUUUAUUUAAAGGCAUUUAAAGGAUACGAUUAUGAUUCAAUUAAAAAGCAAAAGGCACGAGAUAAUUUUACAAAGGCCCUGGAUAAAGCAGAAAUGUUAAAAAAGAAACUUACCACUCUUACCUCUCCAGCCAUUGUCAAAUGUUCGGGUCGAUCGUCACCACGGAGUCGAUCCACUUCUUCAGCAUCCGAUCGUCCUAGUCUAUUAUUUUAUCAACACUCAUCAUCUGCUUCUUCCUCUAUUUCAGUGGAUAAUCAUCAUAUAGAUGACGAGAAUCAUAUCUUGGCUCAAAAAUUGUCCUCUGUAGAAAUUGAAGUUUUGAAGUUUACCUCGAAUGUAAACAAUAAAACGUUUCUACCCUGGAUAGAUGAAGCAGAUCUUAAGGAAAAAUUCUCUGAUUCUACACGUUAUAUAGAUCCUGAAGGCUCUUUACGACUCUCUGCAAAACAAUUAGAAAAAAUGGGAGGAUGGAAGCGACCUGAUGCUAUCAUGAAAUGCCCACAACUCAUUCGUGUCAUAUCAAGUACAAGCAUCAUUCAGGAUAUUGUGACAGAUUGUUCGUUUGUUGCCUCUUUAUGUGUUGCAGCUGCCUAUGAACAAAAAUUUAAAAAGCAAUUGAUUACCUCUUGUAUAUACCCACAAAAUAAGCAUGGUCAGCCUUGUUAUAAUCCUAAUGGAAAAUAUGUUAUUAAACUUGUAUAUAAUGGAAUUGCUAGAAAAGUGGUUGUCGAUGAUUUAUUACCUGUUUCAAGGGAAGGCACCUUGAUGUGUACUUUUUCAACAAAUAAAGAUGAAUUAUGGGCUAGUAUUAUAGAAAAGGCUUAUAUGAAACUAAUGGGUGGCUAUGAUUUCCCUGGAUCAAAUUCAGGUAUUGAUCUUCAUUGUUUAACGGGCUGGAUUCCUGAACAUAUCUUUAUUUAUGAUAAACAUUUUGUAGCAGAUAAUGUAUGGGAACGUAUCUUGGAUGGGGUAAAAUAUGGUGAUGUUCUUGUAACGAUUGCUACAGGUGAUAUGACAGAAGAAGAAGCCAUUCAAUUAGGCCUUGUACCUACCCAUGCCUAUGCUGUCAUUGAUGUGAAAUGGGUUCAAGGAAAACGUUUAUUGCAGGUCAAGAACCCUUGGAGUCAUAAACGAUGGCGUGGACCCUAUAGUCAUUUGGAUACGAAUGUUUGGACUCAAGAACUAAGAGAACUUCUUCAAUUUGAUCCUGAUGUAGCUGAAAAGAAAGAUGAUGGUAUCUUUUGGAUUGAUUUUGAAUCUGUUUGUGCCAAUUUCACUUCUAUUCAUCUUAAUUGGAAUCCGGGACUCUUUACACAUCGUUGGGUUAUACAUUCUGUUUGGCCAGAGCAUGUGGGACCUAAAAGAGACAUUUAUAGUUUAGGAUAUAAUCCUCAGUUUCGAUUAAAGAUAAAUGUACCUGAUACAAAGAAACCUGCGGCUGUAUGGUUAUUGCUUUCAAAACAUAUCAUGGUAACAGAAGAAAAUACUGAUUAUAUUACAUUGCAUGUAUAUAAUGAUACAAAUGGUGAAAGGGUAUAUUAUCCUGGAAAUCCAUUUAAAGAGGGAACUUAUGUGAAUAGUCCGCAUAUAUUAGUUAGAUUUAAUGCCCCACCUGGCAUAAGUGAUUAUACUAUUGUAGUAUCUCAACAUGAAAAAGAGCGUUCAUUAUACUUUUCCUUACGUGCUUAUUCACUUGCACCAUUUAAAUUACAAGAAAUACCUUUACGUUACUCUAUUGAACAGAAGGUUCAUAGCCAAUGGACAGAGCAAACAGCAGGUGGUAAUUCUUGUAAUGCAUCCUAUUUAAAUAAUCCACAAUGGAAAAUCACAAUACCCACCUAUAGUCAACAAGAUACAGAAGGACUUUUAUUACAGUUAGAAUCACAAAAGGAUUUUGCAGUUCAUUUAUUAUUUAUGGAAGGAGGUAAACGAGUUUCGAGUGUUUCUGUUCGUGAUGUCUUGGCAGAAUCAGGUCCUUAUAGACAUGGAUUUUGUUAUUGCGAAUUACCGAGUAUUAAACCGGGUGAUUAUACCAUAGUAGCAUCUACUUUUGAACCAGAUUUAAUUGGGAAAUUUAUACUAACAGUAUCAAGUACAGUGAAAGUACAAAUAGAACCUAUUCCAUCUGAAGGAGCUGGUAUGUUUAAAAAGGUAUUUCAUGGUGAAUGGAUUGUAGGCUAUAGUGCAAUGGGAUGCCCUAGUUUUGGUAACUAUGAUAAGAAUCCUCGUUAUUUAUUAGAGACUCGUGAAUUAACUACAGUCAAAGUACGAUUACAAGCCAAGAAUAAUUCAGAUUUUGUCCCUUCCAUGAAUGUUACUAUUUAUGAAAAGCAUCCAACAGAGUUAUUUGGUAAAGAAGUAGCUACUUCAGGUCCCUACACAAAUGUAAUUCAAGGUGUAGCAACAGGAGAUGUAGCUUUAAGUCAAAAUGAAACGGGUUAUAUCAUUGUAUUAGCUACUCAUGAUAAAGACAUUGCAGCAGAAUUUACAGUGAUUAUCUAUAGUGAUCGUCCUGUUAGUGUAAAAAGUGAUAAAUAAAUAAAUAUGUAUAAAUGAUUUUUUUUUUUUUUUUUUUUUUUUUU